AUAUUUAAAACGAAAUUUGUUUCGUGCUAAAUCUAUCGAUUAUAAAGUUAUCGUUCAUAUUUGUAACUUUCUAUACUGGUAAUGCAUGCAACAUUAUGUAUAUACGUAUACAUAAUACAAAAAUAAAUAGUUUUCAAUGACGCAACUCUACGUUAUCGGAAGUUUUCUAAAAUUAUCGCGUAAUUGGCAAAGCUAAUGCCAAGUAAUUUGAUAGAAAAUGGCAUUGUCACUGAAUAUACUUAUUAUGAUAAUUUUUAUGUCUUGCCAGGUUUGCAAAUUCAUUAAAAGUACCUGUUUGUACCAAUAAACGGGCAAAUAAAAAGACGACGCAUAUCGGAAAGUAAUUUAGCAUUGAAAUCUUGAAUGAGAAAUAGUAAAUAAUAAUAAUAAAAUAAUGACAACGGCUUUUCUAAAAUUGUUAAAUUAUAUUAGGAACAGAGGGUGCGAUGUACGUAUACAUGUAUGACAAUUGUGAUAAAGCAAAUGAAAACAAUUAAAUGCGAUGCAAGUUUAUAAAUUAAAUGAAAUUUCAAUAAUUGGAAUUGUAUACGUAGAGUAAUUUACGUAAAAUUUCCGUUCUAAUCAUAUCGCUAAAAUGUGAAAACCAUCGUACGAUGUAAGCAAGUACAUUGUACAUAUUAUUCAAAUACGUAUACGAUAUUGCGAGAGAAGACACAGCAUGAAAUAUAAUGAUAGAACGCAUGCGCUUGUUUUCUUUAUCGCGAAUAUAAGUGGCAUGUACAUAUAUCGCAGAGGUAUAUCCGUGUGUACAUGAGAAUAAAGAACGAAAGGAGAAGAUUGCACAGGCUGUGCUUACGUUCAAUGAGAUUCGUCGAUGUCGAAUGUGGUGGGUGCUGGAUGAUCGAUGGGAAAAGCAAAUGAAACGACAGGGUUUGUAGUUGGUACCGCGAGAUGUCGUGAGUUUAGGAUACUACGAAGCAGAGAAACGCCGCGCGCGGCUUGCAUAGUUCGUCAGAGUAAACACACAAGUACGAUUUUGGACAACAGGCACCUCGUGCGCUGCCACUGGCAGAUAGUUGGAGAGGAGGUUGUGUUGAAAGAGGAAAAGAUUGGAAAAUAAUAUCUGUUAAAAGGAAGUGUUUGUAAAGCGGAUGGUGGUAAGAGAUCGGUGAAGGGUGAUGAUAUGUGACGGGGAUAGAGAUCGGCGGUGAGGGUAUUGUUGGUGAAGGUACAUAUUGUCAAGACGUUUAAUGUGCGCGGUGCGGGCGCGUGGUACGCUCGAGGCGGCCACAAAUGAAGAAGUGGGAAGCGGUGGCGAGGGUGGUAGAGAGGGAAGAUGUCGAGUGGCUCGGCCUCGAAACUCGUGAACGGUGAAAAUAAGAAGGAGAACGUUCACGGGUACGAGUACGGGAAUAGGAAAGAAAACGAGAGCGGCGCUGCUGGCAGCACUGCCUUUUCCAUAGUUGCUUUAGCUGGUGAUACUAGUAACGCUACUACUACUGCUACUUCGACCACUACUUCUACUACUACUUCUUCUUCUUUUACUACUACAACUACUACUACUACUACUACCACCACUACCUCUACCACCACCGCCACCAUCACCACCACCACCACCAUCACCACCACCACCACCACCACCACCACCACCACCACCACCACCAUCACCACCACCACCACUACUACUACUACUACUACUACUACUACUACUACUACUACUACUGCUACUACUACUACUACUACUGCUGCUGCUGCUGCUGCUGCUACUAUUACUAUUACUACUACUACUACUACUACUACUACCACUACUACUACUACUACUACUGCUAUUACUACUACUAAUACUAUUACUUGUACUACUACUACUACUACUACUACUACUACUAUUAUUAUUACUGUUGCUGCUGGUGGUAUUGUCAGUGCUGGUGCUGGUGCUGGUGCUGGUGCUGGUGCUGGUAUUGGUACUGGUACUACUGGUUCUAGUGCUACUAGUGAGAGCGGUAGUGGUAGUGGUGGUAGUGGUUGUUCCACCAGCAGUGAUAACGGUGACAGUGGUAGUAAUAGUGGUGUCUGUGUUACCGGCUUGACCGCCGAGGGCGUCGUCGGCGUGGAGUUUUGUGACGUGAAUUCCGAUCUGAAGAUACCGGAGAAUCGGGGAGCGAUACGUAAUGAAAAAGAUGUGAACACGAGAACGGAAUACAGUGAAAUCGAAUUUGAAGAGACGUACACCGGAAGGUGUAUCGAGACGCCAAUCGUCAAUCUCACCACCACUACCACUACCACCACCACUACCACCACCAUCACCAUCAUUGAGCACGACGAUCGAGCGACUACGGCCGUUUCUGCUCCUUGUUACGAAGAAGACGAGGAAGAAGAUAACGAGGAGGACGACGACAACAUGGUCGCGGCGAUGAACGAACACUUGUCUACCACGUCGGCGACCAGCGGCGUUCGAAGUAACACGGUCUCGACUACCAGCACCACCGUUAACUCUGUCGUUAACCAGAACAAUAGUUGCUCCGGUACUGAAUUCGAAAACGUCGACGAGGAUGGUAAACCAGCCGCUGGAAUACUCAGUUUUCCCUGUGAUUUCGAUCACAUGUACGCCAGCAUGACAGAUAGCGGAGCUCCGGCAGUAGCCACUGCCACCUCCACUCUUGGUGUCAGUCCUCUUCGAGGUAACGAACCACGUCAGAACGAUCUCACAGAAGUCAAACAUCUUAAGGAACUCUUGCUUCUUCAUCUUGAUUUGAUUCAACAACAGUCUGAACAAAUCGUGACGAAGGAUAAGCUCUUAGCAGCUCUACGACAGGAAAAUGAAACGCUUAAGCUGCGGUUGGAGCGUAUGGACAGGCGUGUAAAUUUGCAAAAGCUCAGAUCAGAAAACAAUGAAAAUUCCAUUGCGUCAGAGCACAUAGGAGCUUGCUCGUCUCCAACUAUUAAUUCUGUGAAUGUGCCAUCGACUAGCGAACUUCACAGGAAUAUUCAAUCUGAGAACAGUAAUUCUCAAUACAAUGAAAGCUUUAAGAUACGUUUAAAUACCAGUGGUGGCAUUACCACUGUUAAACAGGAACCAAAUGAUAAUCAAAGUAAGCACGAGACAAAAAUAGAAACUGGUAAUGAUAUUAGAUUAGAGUGGGAAGAGAAGAAGAAAAGAAGAACGGACUCGACGUCGCUAUCCAGUGGAAGCAAAAGGAAAAGGGGUGUUUCAUGUUCGUCUACGAUUAGCAACGACACAUCCUCUACGGUACAAGAUAAGCCAUUAACUCAAGAAAACAACAGGAAAGGUGAUAGGAAGGGGAAGCCAUUAACAAAAAAGGAAUCCUUCCUUACUACAGAGGAACAUUAUUAUACAGCUGUUGGAGAUCCCAAUUAUACGUUAAAUUUAAAGGAACCUAAUUUAGUAGAAAGUAAUACCUCGUUAGAAGUUCCAAAUUGGAGGGUAAAGAUAUAUACAAGCUGUUAUACGAUGGAAGGAACUGAAAAUUUGGAUGAUGAAAUUUUUAACAAAAGACAUUUAAAGUUAGAAAAUGAUGAAAGGAGGAGAAAAAGAUGGGAUGUACAAAGGAUAAGAGAACAGAGACAUAUUGAAAAAUUAAAACAAAGACAAGAAAGGCAGAAUCAUCAAGCAACGUGUUACAAUACGAAUCAUACCGGGCCGUGUCCGUCUGCUGUUGAAGAAGAAGCUGUAUCGUCGUUAUGGCCUGAUGUAGAACAAAUACAAAGUCUUCAAGUGGAUCCCCAGUUACCUGUUACUGCAUUUGGUACUCCUAUUCCUAGUUUCACCCCAAGUGAAUUUUCUUUACCUUGGUCAAAUAUGUCACGAUCGAACAGUCGUCGUCCAAAACGAUCAACAGGUAGAAGAAAAUCUACUAGAAGAUAAACGUUUUACGACAGUGGACAGGAUUAUUUUUGUCUUAUCAUUUUUAAUCUUUGUUAUAGAUAUGCUCCCUCAUAUACAUCUGUUUUUUUCUUUUUUCUAAAAUCAUAUCUUUUUUAUUACAUGAAAUAGGAGCACCAAAGAUAUUUUUAUUACCCUUUUUUAAAACAAAAUUCAGGAAAGAUGACUAUACUUGACAGGAGUACCUAUAACACAAUGCUUUUUAUUUCUUACUUACUCAUCCGUGUUUAUUAAAGCUUGAUCAAAAGAUAUUGAUCUUAUAGUUUGUUCAAAUCUAUAAGAAUCAUUUUAUUUGUACGACUGUAAUUUGAUAUUGUCGCAGUUUUGUAGAAAUGUUAUUCAUUUAUUCAAUUUUAAUUAAUAUUUAUUAAAUAUACUUAUAAAAUCUUAUUUGAAAUUGUACAGACUUCAAUGGACAUAAAUAAUCAGAUUAAGUGUAUUUUCUUGCAAUUAACUGGAUAAAAUGUGAAUUUACAUUUAAACAUGCAGAAGCUCAAAUGCGUUGAAGAUAUGCAUACUCCGCGAUAAACUAUUACAAAAUUAAUAUUAUAUACAAAUAAUGCAAUUUACUUCAAAUUCUUCGUAGCCCUUUUCUUUAAUUUUGGCUGUAAAACUAAUUGGCGUCAACAAAUAUGUUCCAUGAUUAAUAUCAAAGAUUCAGUAAAAUUGUAAAUUAUUUAUGUAAUUUUUUCUUUCUUUUUUUAUGGAUAGUGCAAGAGAAAAGUGGGUACGACGUCCGCUUGAAAAUAUUAAAAUGAAAUAAACUUCUUUAAUAAAUUUCUUUUCAGUUUUAACAUCAAUUAUUAAAGAUGUAUCUUUGUUCCGUCUUCUUCUUUUCUAUUUCUUUCUAUCUCAUUUUUAAUUUCUUUCUAAAUUUUACCCUAGCAUUUAAUUACAAUCGUCGAAAAUUCUUUCAGUAAAGUGCACUAAUUUAUUAUGAAUGUACUUUAAUUGCAUUAUUCUAUUUUAUCAUACAUGACAAGUAAUGGGGUACUCGAUUCAACCGUCCAUAAGAGAUGGUCAGCAUUUCGUAAAUUGAAAUGCUCGACGUUAAAAUACGGUGAACAUAGCGAUUAUAACUUGUAAAUAAAAAGAAACAUCUUUCCAAUUAUACAUAAGUUUUUGUUUACUAUUUUAUUUAUAGUAGUGCGCACUACCGAUGAGUAGACAUCAAACGAUUAUAUUUUGUUUACAAUAAACAGAAUAAGAACGAG